CCUCCUUCAACACCCAGCAAACACCCCAAAUGUACAAACCGUACAUCGCCCUCCGCCACACAUCUCAAUGUGGCCCCGCAUCUCUCAACUCGUGAAACAUGGCAGCAACCCGUAGCACAAAACUCUUCGAAACCCAAUCCGACACAGACUCCAUCAACACCACCACCACCGCGCCGAGCGAAGUCGACUCCGAAGCCGAAUACCCCGUCGAGAAGAUCCUCGCCGAAGAGCGCGACUCCGAGGGCGAAGUGCAGUACCUCGUCAAAUGGGAGGGCUACCCGCUGCACCGCUCGAAUUGGGAGCCGCGGGCGCAUGUGCUGGAUGAUGUGCUGUUGAGCACGUGGGAGGGGGAGAAGGCGGCUGUGCGGCGUGGGGAGGCAGUGGGGUUCGAUGUGCUGGUUUAUGAUGAGGCGGUGGAGGCUUUUGCUGAGGAGGAGAAGAGGAAAAAGGCGAGAAGGGUGGCGAAGCGGAGGAAGAGGGCGAGGGCUGCUGCUGCUGCUGCUGUGGAGGAGAGCGAGGAUGAUUUUGCGGGGCCGGCGGCUGGGUCGCGUAGGAGGAUGGGAGGUGCUUUGCCGGCGCGGAAGGGGGUGGCUCAACCUGCGAAGAGAGGAAGGGGGUCUCUUUCUGCUGGUGUUGAGGGUGACGAUGAUGAUGAGGACGACCCCUCCAGUUCUGACGACAAAGCUCACGCUGCAUCGAGGCUGAAGCAGAAGGGGAAGCAAAGGGCAGUCACGUCAAUUGUCUCUCCGCGCAAACGGUCCAAGUCUUCGACGAGCGUCGAACUUCCUGCUACCACCAAAACGCCACGGCUCGAAUCUAUCGUAAAGCAAAAGGAUUUUCCUGCAGUACAAGGCGGCCCAUCUACAGCUACGCAACCAGUCUCGGCCGCGCAAAGGCUGAGCGAGGCUUUGGCACAAUAUGAGACGGUUCCGACUACGACUGAAGCUCCCCGAGCCACUGCAGCGAGGAAGUCUGCACCUGCGCCAGCACCCAUUGCGAAACCCAAACCCAACAUCUUCGCCGGCGACUGGACCAAAGACAAGCAGCGGAAGCAACGAGCGAGGGUGAACGCAGAGACGCCAAAGGACUCUACAGAUGCGCAAUUUACUCGUCUCUCGAUUCAAAACCGCUACCAGAAGUACAGUCGGAACGAACCGGCGCCCGACCCCACGGCUCUCGCCAUGUUUGAUCCCAGGACUGGCAUCAUUGAGCCGCCUAAGACAGUGCCCGCUAUCAAUCCGACAGGACCGGGGGAUAUUCAUCGUGCUUAUGGGAGACGAUCUCCGCCGCGAUCACAGCAACGUCGAUCGCCGACGCCGCCAUCCCCGAAUGCCAACACAGGAUUAGGACAGGUAGCCGCUCCGUGGGAGCCUCGUUUCGAGGGAGGGCAGCGGGCGAAGGAUCCUGCCACGUGCAGGUACUGGCAAGCGGGUAAUUGUCAAUACACGGCCGACACAUGCUACUGGACGCACGCCUACCCCGAUGCGCCGGCUGCAAGACAGCCCGACGUCCCUGCUUCAAAGAAGCGAGGUGUUUGCCCCUACUGGCGGAGGGGCCAUUGCAAGAAGCCAGCUGCUGAAUGCCUAUUUGCACACUACGAGCCUACUAAGAAGCAGACCACGUGUUGGUACUGGCGCAAGGGGCACUGCAUCAAACCGGACAACGAAUGCGAAUUCGCCCACUUUGACACGGGCUUUUACGCAGGGCAGCCGGGCACGUAUGUUAGGAAGAGUUUUUCCGAGGGUCGUGUGCCCCCGGAAGUGAGACAGUUUGUGGCCGCAGCCUCACCUGUUGACACGUUCUAUGACGCUCCAGAGCGCUUGCCGCUCGUGCAAUCACCUGUUGCAGAUGAAUGGAACACCAUCGCAAACGACGCUGCAAACGACGUCACUUCCGCGGCAAGCGGAGGUGAAUAUGCUGCUCAAACACUGACGGAAGCAAACAACAUUGUGCCGAGCACCGAACACGAAGAAGACACACUCGGAGUACAGACUCCACACCUUCCUGAACCCGCAGUGAGGAUGGCCUCGCCAGCCAGAGACCCCCGCAUGCGUGGACGAGCACCCGUGAGAGCAGACACGCCGCUGGUGUCUGAGAGCAGAGAAGGCUCUCAGCGCCCCAAGUACAGAUCACUGUCACUCAACGAGGAAUACGACAUGGCGAAGAAAGGACAAGCCAACCUGGACUCCCACGCCCUGAUCAGCAACAGCAAGGGCGGCAACGUAGCCGUCGUCUUCAUCCACAUGCCGCACGAGCGCAAAGCCGAAAUGGGCCUGCUCGUCGACCUGUUCGAACGCCAGCUGCGCAUCAAAACCGUCACAUCCAUGCCAGGGGAUGUUGCGGCGUGGGACUAUGUGCGCAAAGGCUGCGGCGGCUCCUGCCUGCUGGUCUUCCACCCCACCGAGCACUUCAACGAUCAUAUCCCCGGGCUGCACAAAUUCCUCACCGAGCAUGGCUCGACCGUGCGCGCCUAUUCCAUCGGCGUGCAGUACGACUUGUGCAUGCGCGAGGGCCGCAAGCUCACCUACGAGGCCCAGCGCAUCUUUCCACAUGGCGGUAUGAUGUUCAUCAGCGACGAUGUUUUUGUCUACUACCCUGAGAAAGCGACGGCGAUCAUCGACAAUUUCCGAAAGGAGGCGGAAGACAAGCAGGCCGGGGGUGUUUUUAGUAGAAUCGCAGCUCGGCCGGGCAUCAAAGACUGGCUAGCACGUCUCGCUGAGGCGAAACACGAAGAGCAGGGUGGGCAACAAGUUGAUUCUCGCUGGAGCGACUGCUACGAGGCAGUGUGCAGACUAUGUCCACCACAGGACGAGGACGGGUAUUACAAACCGCACUCCGUGCCGAACGAAACGUCCUACCUCUGGUCACCGUGGGAGGAGUCGCUGCCGAGUUUCCAGGGCAAGUGGCAGCGCGACGAAGCGGGGGCUACGGAGCAGAUGGUGGAGUUCUUCGCCGCCUCGGCGUGCUGUGUGGUGUCGGAGUAUCGCAAGUUUCACUUUGUGUAUCAGAGGCCGGAGCAUGAGGGGAGUGUGGUGGAUGCGGAGGGACAGCUGGUUCAGAGGGAUUCGGAUCCGCAUGGGUGCAUGGAGAAGUAUUGUCAUGUUGGUGUUGUGACGCCGGAUCAAGCGCUCAAGCCGAGGAAGAAGUGAGGGGGAAGCGAGGAGUGAUGGAGUGAAGAAUGGAAGUCGCGAAGAGGUUGAUUCGCACUUACUAGAGAUACCCUAUUCAUCAUGAACAUAGCGAACGCAGUCGGAUGCCUUGACGAGGCUCGGCAUAGAUCGAAUG